AUGGACACUUCACUGUCACUGGGAACUCACCCUUCAACUUUUAACAACUUGACAAAGCAACAAGAACUCACAGGGAAUGACCCUAACGAUACUAAUAGGAAAAGAAUAAGAGUGGCAUGUGAUAGUUGUCGGAGAAAGAAAAUUAAAUGCAAUGGGUCUUAUCCAUGUGGGAAUUGUAUUCAAGCUAAAAACACUAGUAAUUGUCAUUUCACUGAACGACCUGUGAGAAAGAAAUUGAAACCAACUAAACAAGACAAUAAAUCAACCGCCAAUAGCAACGGAGUUUCGAAAAGGAAAUACAACGAUACAUUUAGUGGGAAUAGCAUUAAUAUCAAGACUGAAAAACAAGAGAAUACUACUUUCGGCAUAAAUGACAACAAAUCAAGUGAUCUAGAAUCGAGAUUGAGUCGUAUUGAAAAUUCAAUGUCGAGAAUGAUGCAUACUUUAGAGAACUUCCUGCAAAACUUUAUGACACAAGCAAUAAGAAAUAACCAUUCCAACUCUUCCAUGUUCAAUAAUAAUUCACUAUCGCCCACUCCUUCAGAAGAUUUUAAUAAAAGUGCAUUUGAUAGUGAAGAACAACAAACUUCACAUAGUUACAAAAAUUUGAAAGAUCGUGUUAAAGAUGCCAACGAAUUAUUGAAAUUGAGAAAUUGGGAUGAAUUUGUUGGUACUCAUUCAAUUACUUGCAUUUUCUCUCGGGAAUCAUUAGAUUGGAUGGAAAAAACUUUAGGUUCAUACGGUGAAGAAUAUUUGACCCCCAUAAGGAAUUUACCUUUAGUGUUUCAUUCAGAGUUAAAACCAUAUAUCAUGAAAUGGAUUGAUCCUCCCGUAGUGGAUAAAUUGCAAAGGAAAAAAUUAUUAGAAAGUCCAUUCCCUACUGAUUCAAAAUUAAUUUCAAAAUUGAUUGAUUUAUAUUAUGAAGAAACAAGUAUGAUCAAUAUUUUAGUUGAUGAAUCAAGAGUGAGAAGUUUAUUUGCUGCCUACUAUAACAAUUUUGCUGAACCAAUUGCUACCAAGCGAAGGAGAUUCAAACUAUCGGAAUUACUUUUAAUGACAUCUAUAUUAUUAAUUUCUUUGAGUUGUUUAACUGAAGAUGAUUUUAGUGAAGAACGGAUUACCACCCCUGCUUCUUCAACUAGUAGCAAUUAUUCUGCAGCAUCAGCAAAUCUUUUGGGUGACUAUAACAAAAACAGAUUAAUAGCUUUACAGAAUUCGUUGGAGAAUAGUGCCAUUUUUUAUUAUCAUAGAAUCAGUGUUAUCAGUGAAGGUCUAGAAACAGUAGAAGCAUUGUUGAUGUUUAUUAUUUAUGUUGAAUCCAAUUGGUUGACGAGUUUUUUCAACUAUACAAUUAUUACCGUGACAAUUAGAUUCGCCCAAGAAAUUGGUCUUCAUAGAGCAGAAACUUAUAAUAAUUUAGAUCUAGAAGAGGCAACGAAAAGACGUAAGAUUUGGUGGUUUUGUUAUUUUUUCGAUAUUGAAUUUUCUUUUAAAUCCGGUAAACCUCCAGUAAUCAAUACCAACGAUGUCACUACCAAUAGUGAUGAAGACUUAUUACGAGUUAUUACUCAAUUAAAACAGUAUGGACCACUAUCACCAAAGGACAGAAUGUAUAGUCCUGUUUGCCACACAAUAUCUACUAGUUUGUUAGAUUUGAGUGGAUCUGACUCUAUUUGUUUAGAUAUUUUGAAAAUCAUUCAACUGGGGGAUAUACUUGAUGAUCCAUUUUAUUUCCAAUUUUGUGCCUUGUUACAAUCAAGAAUAAGGUCAAAUUCUUAUCAUGAUUUAUUUAUUGCAUCCGCUGAAAAACGCGAUUUCAGUUCCAUAUCCAAUACUUUAGAAAAAUUGAAUGCUGACAUGUUUGAGUUGGCAAUGUAUUUAGCAGAUGAGGCCAAACCUCGAUUUUACAAUGAUCCAAAAUUCACCUCAGUUCAAGCAAGUACUGGCACGUCAAUUAGGCGAGACACGAUUCUUGCUAUGAAAUUGACUUUUUUCUCGCAUUUAAUGAUUAUUAAUCGAUAUCCAUUAAUGAUUGCUACCGAAGAUUCCAAAUUUGAUGAUCGAGUAAUAAAAUUUAGAAAUCUUUCAUUGGAUUCAGCAAGAACUAUUCUUAUGUUGAUUAAGGGUUGGCAUAGAGAAAGUGCCUCAGCACUUUUCUAUAAUUGGGCAAUAUAUUUCCCCGUGGCAGCAUAUCUUGUAUUAGUGGCAGCAAUUAUAAACCAUCCUCAAUUACCAGAGUCAGGAACCAAUUUGAAUCUAUUGAUUGAAACUUCUUUAAGUUUUUUUAAAAGUAGUAAACAAUGGAAUAGUUCUAAUGACAGUCAAGACAAACAACAAAAUAGUACAAUAUGUGUGAACAAAAUUGUUGCCAUUGAAUUGAUUGUUAGAUUAAUGUUGAGAGUAGUGAUCAAAGUUUAUGAACUUCAUAAUAAUGUGGAAAUCUUGGCUAAUAAUCCAGCUUUACAAAAUCAUUUACAAGAAGCUGAAGAGAAAUUCCCUGAUAUUUUCCAAAACCAUGCGGAAUUCACGUCCAAAAUGAUUGCAUUGGUUGGUGCUUCACCAUUUGGUGGUUGUGGUAGCAGGAACACCAGCAGCUGCAAUUUACGAGAUAAUAGUACUAAUCAUGGCCAAAAUAACAUGAACCCCUCUCCUACAAUCACCAAUAAUACUUAUAAUAGCAAUAUUAAUACAGGGUCAAACUCAACUGGAGAGCCUCAAGUUUGCUAUGCUCAGUCACCAAGUUAUAAUGCUUCGUUGUCAAAUAUAAUCAACAAUGAAAGCACAGGUCGUUCACCAGCAACAUCAACAUCGAUAAAUCAACUGAUGAUGAAUGAAAAUUAUGAUUUGUUCAAUGACUAUUUGAUUGAUAAUUCGGCUGUAAAUUUGCCAUUUAGUCAAUUUAAUAAUUUACCCAAUUUUUUCUUUGACAAUAAUUUGGGGAUUUAA